UGGCUGCCCGGUCCCCUCCGCCCGGCGUCGCCACCGGGAGGUGCUGCCGCGGUUGCUGCUGCUCGUCUGAGUCGCAGAUCCUUGCUGGCACAUUAUAGCAUUAUUUUUGUUGAACCUUCUUAAGAAUUCAGAGAAACCGCUGAGUGACCACUGAAAAGACGAUCUCACCUUCAGGCUUGGGCAUUUUCUAUCCGCGAAUCAGAACAAUGUCCUACGUUUUUGUAAAUGAUUCUUCUCAGACUAAUGUGCCCUUGCUACAAGCCUGUAUUGAUGGAGACUUUAACUAUUCCAAGCGGCUUUUAGAAAGUGGCUUUGACCCAAAUAUUCGUGACAGCAGGGGCAGAACAGGCCUACACCUGGCAGCAGCUCGCGGGAAUGUAGACAUCUGCCAGUUACUGCAUAAAUUUGGUGCUGAUCUUCUGGCCACAGAUUAUCAAGGAAACACAGCUCUUCACCUUUGUGGCCAUGUGGAUACCAUUCAAUUCUUAGUUUCUAAUGGACUAAAAAUUGACAUUUGCAAUCAUCAAGGUGCUACUCCCUUAGUUCUAGCAAAACGCAGGGGAGUGAAUAAAGAUGUUAUCCGAUUGCUGGAAUCUUUGGAAGAACAGGAGGUAAAAGGAUUUAACAGAGGAACCCAUUCGAAACUGGAGACCAUGCAGACAGCUGAGAGUGAAAGUGCCAUGGAAAGCCACUCUCUCCUCAAUCCCAACCUACAGCAAGGCGAAGGAGUCCUUUCCAGCUUUCGAACCACAUGGCAGGAGUUCGUAGAGGAUCUGGGCUUCUGGAGGGUCUUGCUCUUGAUCUUCGUCAUCGCUUUGCUGUCUCUUGGCAUUGCCUACUAUGUGAGUGGGGUGCUGCCCUUUGUGGAAAACCAGCCUGAACUGGUGCAUUAAAGGGGCUUGUGGAAGAUGAGGCAAAUGCUCUUUCCUGGCUUUGUAUUUGUUCUCAGCUUCCCAAAAUUCUUCUUAGUGCAAGGCAGUGAGGGCUGUACAUUUUCCCUUUUGCAUUUUUACUUAUCAUAAUCCUUUUACAUAAUGACAUGUUCAUUUGAACUAACUACACACUACAGUAUAAUCAAGUAAACUGCAUCCUAACGCUACCUCUGACUCAACCUGACUUCUUAGGAAAACCUAUACCGAACCUUGUUUGACAAAAGAAAUGGAAAUGAUUAGAAAAUGGGGGAUAAAGGAGGGGGCUAGGAAGUCCUUGCUCUCAAAACCGUACUCUAAUAUAGGACCGACUGAAGCAUUAAAAAAAUAUAUUUCAUACAUGACUAAAUUUUUUGGUGGUUUUAUUUUUAUUUUUGCAAGAGCCCCUCUUUUUUUUUUUUAAUUUGCUUUCUCUAGGGAUAGGAGAAAAGUUUAAAACUUGAAGUACAUUUUUCAAAUCUUAUAUAGCCAAUUAGUAUUGUUAGAAUCUGUUUGGUUUAUUUUAAUAUUUUUAAGUCUAGUUAUAAACCAAACAAAAGUUUUGAAAAUGAGCUAUAUUUUCUUCAAAAUGAUUGAUGAUUUGAUCUUAUAUUUAUUUGUUGUUUGGAUAAUUUUUUUGUAAACUGCAUUGCUUGUUAAUAUAGUGAAAAAGAAACUUGAGGAAUGUAUUUUGUUCACUUUUCAAUUUCCCCUGCUGUUUAUUUUAAAGGUAUUUUAUUCACCAAAAUUAUGCUCAGAAAACACUUUUUUCUACUGAAUAGUUAGCAGGAAAAAUAAUUCUGAUAUUUAAUUGUCACAAUUCUGUAGUGCUAUCAUUGUGUUGAAAAAUACAGUUCUAUAAGCUAGCUGUGUUGUCACAGUUGUAUCAUGAUUCAUGACUAUUUGACGUGCAAUCCUGUUUAGAAGCCCUGUUAGACUUUUCUUAACAGUCCCAUCCAUAUCAGUAAUUCUCUGAAGGCAAGAACGGAUGGAAUAUUUCUGAGUUAACAGAGCUGAACAAUAUUGUACUGGGUAUCAUAAACUCUUUAUGAAUGGUAAUUUUAUGUAAAUUGAAAUCUGGCUUCUGAACUAUAUUGCAGCUUUCAGCAGGAUGUUUGAAAGCCUCUUUUGUUAAUGAUUCUGUAAUGUAUAAAUCAUAUUCUUGGGUUAUUAAAAAAGACUAUGAAAGCUUGAUAAUUAUUUAUUAGGUAAAGUCAGAAAAUUGUAGAGAAAGAACUAAUGGUUUUAUUUUUUAGAACAAAGGCAUCAAGCUACUGCAAAUUGAAUUGUUGCUAGAAUUAUAAAUUAUAGUUUAGAAUAGAAUUGGUAUUUCUGUGAUUCUUUUUCCUUCUUGAUGUUUUCUCUUCUGUAUUUAUAUAUCUAGUGUUGAGGCUUUUUCUUUCAUGUGGCUUUAUCCUCUCUUAAAGAGCUGUUGUAAAACUGCCUAGUACCUGGCUGCUUCCAUAUCAGCUUGCAGAGUCUUGCUUUUAAGUUAGAUACAAACAAAAUAAAUCAGACUUGGUGUAAAUAGAGCAAAAAAAUUAGUUGGCUUUAGAAUAGAGAACACUAGAACUCAAAUUUGAAGUAUCUUCAAAGUGAAAGGUUUGGAAUUAGCUUUACAUUUGUUUGUAAAUCUAAACAGAUACAAAAUGGGUCUAUAUGUGUAAAUAUAUUGCAUUUUUAAAAAUUAAUGUUCCUUUGUAAGUGUUGAUGUCUUUGUAUUCUAUUCUCUACAUUCAUCAUUCAGUAAUCCCAUCAAUAAAUGUAUUUAUAAAUCCCUUAA